CCGAUUUCAGUACCAGAACGCAGAAUAACUAGCUAAUGAAUUUAUGAACGCACAACACCUGUUGAAUAUUACAGGUAUUAGGAAAAAAACGUUAUUAAAUUGUUGCCAGCAGCGCUGUUACAGUCACCAACUCUCUAGAUGACAUGAAAACAGCUUAACCUGCUCUGCUAGUGCGAGUUAAAUGGUUAGAGUGAGGUGUUCUCUCAUUUAUGUCUGGAAGUAACUAGCAAACUAGCCAACUUUAGCCAGUUAUCUUGGGUGCUCGACUGCCGUUGUGAGGUCAGAACGCUCGGAUCAACCCUACUCCUCGGCCAGAGCGUCAACUGUGCGCUUUGAAUUUACGAACGAACUAUCUGACAUUUCUCUAAAUUUACGAACGCACAGAGCGCACUCUGGCACUCCAGAGCGAAUUUCCGAACACACCCCAAGUUGAUCGCGAGGCAGCGGCAGCAGCUCGCGUAUCCAUGGCUACCCGGAUGGUGCAACUCGCUCAGCCCAAACCCAGCCUGCUCCGAUUCCCUGACCGACGGUCAGUCUACUGGCUAGAUGAACUCCCACCUGAAAGAAAUGGCUCCACCACCACGUUUGAGUUGACGCCCCACUGGUCCCAGCUGUGUGGCAGGAAGCGGCUUAAUUCUGGGUUCGAACAGAGCAGGUUAUCUCCCCAAUGGGAGGUCAGUGUAGCAGCUUUGAGUGCCUAUCCAUCCAAUAGAGUGUGUUCUCUGGCUUUGCCCCGCCUCCCCACCAUAGGCUGGGAACCUGACCGCCCGCUACUGGCCUCCCUGAGCAGAGUGGUGCAGACUGCAGUAGCCAGUCCUAGGGUCUGCCAGUUGGCCUGUCCCAAGCGGAGGCAGGGUCUCUAUUCGCCCCAUUCGUCCAAGACCUCACUGGCACCCCCCCACCAAGCUGCAACCUCCUCCCGACUACAGCUCCUCGCCCUCCCUAAGUCUGACCACCCCCAGUAUGCCCAGGACCGUCCAGUCAUCUGGCCAGUGCCUGGGCCAGUGAGGAAGGCAGUAGCCAGUGAGAGGGUGCAGGUUCUUUCACGGCCCAACCAGCGGAAGGCGCUGUUCCAAGGCUACAACCCGUACACGGUUACCCUAGCUGCACGCUCCGCUAGCGCCUCGCCGCGCCUACAGGAGCUUUGUCUGCCCCUGCCGCGGAAAUGCAAGGGCAAAUAGACGAAUGCAUCUCAUCUCACACCUCUACAGUACCUCCAGCCGCCUCUUCUUCAGAUACUCUGUCUCCUGUACAGCAUGUCUAUGUCCCUGAUCACCACUGCUUCAUAAUAAAGACCCUCUAUGAUCUCAUUGAGACAUGUUGCUGGGUCUUUGUUCUGGUCCAACGGGACCACUGGCUUUAGAAGGUGGAUUGUUUAGUGCUGCGACGUUCAACAGCGUGCUGAUCAUUCAACUGAACUGAAGUGACUUUUACGAUCACCAAAGGGGAGUUACAACGCACAGUACAUACAUAAAGCGAAAACCACCUGAAUGUAAAAGUGUACCUUAUAUAUUUUACUGUGUAAUUGUAGUAUGUGACAGAUGAAGGAAACCUGAAAAAGGAUGUAAUAUCUUUAAUGAAUAUUCCCUCUCCUGUUAACCCUCUACUGCGCAUACAGUUGAAGUCGGAAGUUUACAUACACUUAGGUUGGAGUCAUUAAAACUUGUUUUUCAA